UGGAGCUCACAGGAGAUAAAACUGUUCUCAGGAAUGAGAAAUCUCAAUGACGCUUUAAGGUAAACAUUAAACAGCCCUCCUCCAGCAAGAGGACUUAAAGAGGGAGGAGAAGAGAAGAGAGGAACAAACAGCUGCUGUACUGAUGUUUCAGAGAAGCUUAUUCUUCAGUCUUCUCUUUUAGAGGAUUAUUAUUGGAUAUCUCAGACGGUAUCUCUAGCAGUCUGUGAUUCCGGCGCUCUGAAGAUGCCAAAUUUUUUCAGAAAUUUCCUGUCUAAGCGCCGCGUUGCUAAAAACCGCCUGGUUACCAAAGACGGACACUGCAACAUCGAAUAUGGAAACGUGAGGUACACCAGCCGCUUAGCCUACUUGCUGGACUUCUGGACCACGUUCGUGGAGAUCCGCUGGCGAUACAUCAUUUUAUUCUUUGUGGCCUCCUUCACUCUCAGCUGGUUUAUCUUUGGUCUCAUCUGGUACUGGAUUGCUCUUAAUAAUGGAGAUGUUUGGUGGCAAAACCCACCUGCAGACCACAAACCAUGUGUAUACAACGUCUUCGGCCUCACCACAUCCUUCCUCUACUCACUGGAGACCCAGAUGACCAUCGGUUAUGGUAUGCGAGUCCUCAGCCCCUACUGCCCCGGAGCUGUGGCCCUCCUCAUUAUUCAGUCCAUUAUUGGGUUACUGAUCAACUGCUUCUGGUGUGGACUGAUCAUGGCCAAAAUCACCUUGCCCAAGAAAAGAGCCAAGACCAUCACCUUCAGCAGAAUGGCCGUGAUCUGCCCUAAAAACGGCACGCUCUGCCUGCAGAUACGUGUAGCCAACCUCCGCAAAACCCUGAUGAUCGGCAGCCAGAUCUACGGCAAGCUGCUAAAGACGACGGUCACGCCCGAAGGCGAGACCAUCAUCCUGGACCAGGUCAACGUUGAUUUCAUUGUCGAUGCUGGGAAAGACAAUCUCUUCUUUAUCUGCCCUUUGACUUUGUAUCACGUAAUCGACAAGAUGAGUCCGUUCUUUAACCUGGCUGUGGACACCCUGCUCCAGCAGGACUUUGAGCUGGUGGUGUUCCUGGACGGUACGGACGAGAACACCAGUUCCUCCUGUCAAGUCAGAACGUCCUACAUCCCUCAGGAGAUCAAGUGGGGCUGCAGGUUCCUCCCGAUCAUCUCCCGAAGUAAGGAGGGUAAAUACUGUGUUGACUUCUCCAAUUUUGCGAGAGUGGAGCCUGUACCUACCGCUCACUGCGCCCACUGCUACUACAACGACCAAGGCCACCACCACCUCAGGAACGGCAUAGAAAACCAGGGCUUUGAAGUGAUUGAAAUCAGCGACCAAGCUCGUGCCACCGAGAUGUGACCUUCAUUUGUGGUCUAUUGCAGUGCCAAAAAUCUGCUGUACAGAUUCUCAUCUCUUCAGAGACUCUGCUCUUCACUAAUUCUGCUCCUUAGAGACUCUGAUCUUUAGAAAAUUUGCUAUUCCGAAACUCAUCUCUUAAGAGACUCUGAUCUUUAGAAACUCCACUCUUUAGAUUCUCAUCUCUUCAGGAACUCAUCUCUUCAGAGACUCUGCUCUUCACUAAUUCUGCUCCUUAGAGACUCUGAUCUUUAGAAAAUUUGCUAUUCAGGAACUCAUCUCUUCAGAGACUCUGCUCUUCACUAAUUCUGCUCCUUAGAGACUCUGAUCUUUAGAAAAUUUGCUAUUCAGGAACUCAUCUCUUCAGAGACUCUGAUCUUCAGAAACUCUUCUCUUUAAAAACUCUGCUCUUCAGAAAUUUUGCUGUCAGAGACUCUGCUCUUUAGAAACUCUAGUCUUUAGAAACUUGAGUUUUCAAAAACUCUGAUCUUUAGAAACUCAGCUCAUUAGAAGCUUGUCUCUUCAGAAACUCUGGUCUUCAGAAACUCUGCUGUUCAGAUACUCUGCUCUUCAGAAAUCUAAGUUUUCAGAAAAUCUUCUCUUUAGAAACUUGUCUCUUCAGAGACUCUGUUCUUCAAAAACUCUUCUCUUCAAAAAUUCAGCUCUUCAGAAACUUUACUUUACUUUUACUUUACUUUAUAAAAUCUGAUUUUCAGAAAAUCUGCUCUUCAGAAACUCUGCUCUUCAAAAGCUCUGAUCUUUAUAAAUUUUGUUCUUCAGAAAUUCUGCUCUUUAUUCAAAUGUUUUACUUUUCAUCACAUUUGGGAGCCCAAAGGGGGGAGAUGGUUUUGUUGCUAUACUC